AUGCGUUCCGGGAGCCGUGGGCGGCCCCGGCUACGGCUUGGGGAGCACGGCCUCUUAGAACCCCCUGCGCCACCCAAGCGCCGCCUGCUACCGCGAGCACAGCUGUUGCCUUUACUGCUAUUGGCGCUGGCCGUGGGCUCGGCGUUCUACACCAUCUGGAGCGGCUGGAAUCGCGGUACCAAGGAGCUGCCGCUGGGCCGAGAACUGCGGGGCUCGGUGAUUGGAAGCCUCUCCGAAGCCCGUCUGCGGAGGGUGGUCGGGCAACUGGACCCGCAGCGUCUCUGGGGCACUUAUCUGCGCCCCCUGCUGGUGGUGCGAACUCCAGGCAGCCCCGGCAAUCUCCAAGUCCGAAAGUUCCUAGAGGCCACACUGCGCACAUUGACAGCUGGCUGGCACGUGGAGCUGGACCCCUUCACAGCGACGACACCCCUGGGGCCUCUGGACUUUGGCAACGUGGUGGCCACACUGGACCCAGGGGCUGCCCGCCACCUCACCCUUGCCUGCCAUUACGACUCGAAGCUCUUUCCAUCCAAGUCCGCGCCUUUUGUGGGGGCCACGGAUUCGGCUGUGCCCUGCGCCCUGCUGCUGGAGUUGGUCCAGGCCCUAGACCUGGAGCUGAGCAGGGCCAAGGAGCAGGCAGCCCCCGUGACCCUGCAGCUGCUCUUCUUGGAUGGUGAAGAGGCGCUGAAGGAGUGGGGACCCAAGGACUCCCUUUAUGGCUCCCGACAUCUGGCCCAGCUUAUGGAAUCUGCUCCCCACAGCCCUGGCCCCACCAGGAUCCAGGCUAUCGAGCUCUUUAUGCUUCUCGAUCUCCUGGGAGCCCCCAACCCAACCUUCUACAGUCACUUUCCCCGCACGGCCCGCUGGUUCCAUCGGCUACGGAGCAUCGAGAAGCGUCUGCACCGUUUGAACCUGUUGCAGUCCCAUCCCCAGGAAGUGAUGUACUUCCAGCCCGGGGAGCCCCCCGGCUCUGUGGAAGAUGACCACAUCCCCUUCCUGCGUCGAGGGGUCCCGGUGCUGCACCUCAUUUCCACCCCCUUCCCCUCUGUCUGGCACACGCCCGCUGAUUCUGAGGCCAACCUCCACCCGCCCACAGUACACAACCUGAGCCGCAUCCUUGCUGUCUUCCUGGCUGAAUACCUGGGGCUCUAG